AUGGGAGUAAAAGAAUCAGUGAAGAAGGUUGCUACCAGCAAUGGCUCCAUCUGGUUUCUUCUCUUGUUUGUGCUCUCUGUUACGCCACUCGUGUCUUCUCGCACGAUCUCCUCGGAUCCGGAUCCGGAUCCGUGCGAUCCAACUAAACUAAGAGAGUUUGAGAAACUCAGAUCGGAUCAGAUCACAGUCCUAAUCAACGGUUACUCUGAAUCCCGUAUUCCUCUUUUGCAAUCAAUCGUAGCCGCGUAUUCAGGAUCCUCGAUCGUCUCAUCAAUCUUACUCCUCUGGGGAAACCCUACCACACCUGCUCAACUCCUUGACCAGUUAUACCACAAUCUCACCCGCUACUCGCUUGGUACAGCUUCGAUAUCUCUGAUCCAGCAACCAUCGAGCAGCCUCAACGCCAGGUUCCUCCCCCGUCCUUCUGUAGACACUCGCGCUGUUUUGAUUUGCGAUGAUGACGUGGAGGUAGACAAGAAGUCGCUGGAGUUUGCGUUUUCCGUGUGGAAGUCAAACCCUGAUCGUUUAAUAGGAAUGUUUGUGAGAUCGCACGGUUUUGACUUGCAGGGGAAAGAGUGGAUCUACACUGUCCACCCAGACAUGUACUCCAUCGUCCUCACAAAGUUCAUGAUGAUGAAACAAGAUUAUCUGUUUGAUUAUAGCUGCAACGGUGGUGUGGAGAUGGAGGAGAUGAGGAAGAUCGUUGACCAGAUGCGUAACUGCGAGGAUAUACUCAUGAAUUUUGUAGCUGCAGACAAGCUGAGAGCAGGUCCUAUCAUGGUGGGAGCAGAGAGAGUUAGGGACUGGGGAGAUGCACGUAACGAGGAAGAGCAAGUGGAGAAUGGUGGGGUGAGAGAAGUUGGGUUGAGCAGUAGAAGAGUGGAACACAGGAAGAGAAGAGGGAAAUGCAUUAUGGAGUUUCAUAGAGUUAUGGGGAAGAUGCCACUGUUGUAUAGUUAUGGUAAGGUUGUCAACUCUGUUGGUGAACAAGGGCUGUGUCGUAAAUCCGGAAAACUUGUCUUUUGUGACCAAGAUUAA